AAAAUGUCAAAAUCAGCUGUGAAAAGUAUCAAACGAUUUUUUGUAGAUAACAAAGUUCUUAAAAAUUGUAAUAUCAUUUAGUAGUAAACAUUUGUUGUUUUAUAUUGUCUUUUAUCUAUUUGCAAUACUUUUCGUAUUGAAAGGACAUUAAUGUCAACCAUUACGUGUAAUGGUAAAUAAUUUUUGAUGCACUUGUAAGGUAGCAAAUAACAAACAGCAAAUGACCAGCCACCGAAAAUACACGUUUACUUUUCUAUUGAAAACUCGCUGAUGUUAAACAAGUAAUACACAAAAUAUUUCGUGGACUUCGCUUUGAUAAAAAUAGGAUAAAAUUCUUAAUAAUAAAUUGCUAGCAGAAAUACAAGCUUGAACGCCUGAAUAUGCCUAACGUGCCUAUUGUAAAAAAAAGAAUUAAAUUCAUCGUUAUUUCCUCUUGCUCCCUGAUAUUACUAAUAAUUCUAUAUCGUUCAUUUUUGAAACAUAAAACUAAUGCUAGUCAGUCAAUUCAAAAUUUUGAUAAAGACGAUUGGACAGCGAACUCCCAAAUUGGUGAAGAUCUCGUAAAGGAUUUCACCAAUGUUCCUCAACACAUUACAAAUCAGCAGCUUCUAAAUCAAUUGGAACAUGCAAAAGUUCAAAUUGCAAUAUUAGAAGAUCGAGUUCGUGCUUUAGAAGCAAGUACGCCAAGAAAAUAUCCACAGGUUAAAUACUUAAAUUACAAAAAUCGAAAACGGAUUCUAAUUACCGGAGGAGCCGGUUUCGUUGGGUCUCAUCUAGUAGAUACUCUCAUGGUUCAAGGUCAUGAAGUCAUCGUUGCAGAUAACUUUUUCACAGGUCGUAAAAGGAAUGUAGAACACUGGCUUGGACAUGAGAAUUUCGAAUUAAUUCACCAUGAUAUUGUGAACCCACUUUUUAUUGAAGUGGAUGAAAUUUAUCAUCUAGCAUCUCCAGCCUCACCUCCACAUUAUAUGUAUAAUCCCGUAAAGACAAUCAAAACGAAUACCAUGGGUACCAUCAAUAUGCUAGGACUAGCUAAGCGUGUAAUGGCAAAAGUACUUAUAGCUAGUACAUCAGAAGUAUACGGAGAUCCAACUGUACACCCACAACCUGAAACAUAUUGGGGUCAUGUAAAUCCUAUUGGACCUCGAGCCUGUUAUGAUGAAGGCAAACGUGUUUCAGAAACACUCAGCUACGCUUAUGCGAAACAGGAAAAUGUGAAAGUACGCGUCGCACGCAUAUUUAAUACCUACGGGCCUCGAAUGCAUAUGAACGAUGGACGUGUUGUGUCCAAUUUCAUACUUCAAGCACUGCGUAACGAAACUAUAACUGUUUAUGGUAAUGGCAAGCAAACUCGUUCCUUUCAGUAUGUUUCUGAUCUUGUCGACGGAUUAAUUUCUUUAAUGGCUUCCAACUACAGCCAGCCAGUCAAUUUGGGCAACCCUGUAGAGCACACAAUCGAAGAAUUCGCAUGGAUAAUAAAAAAAUUAGUGGGUGGAAAAAGCGAAGUAAAACAAACAGAUGCAGUUGAAGAUGAUCCACAGAGGCGUAAGCCAGAUAUAACGCGAGCAAAAAAAAUUCUCAAUUGGGAACCAAAAGUUCCACUACAAAUGGGAAUAUCGCGCACGAUUAGCUAUUUCCGACGUGAACUUGAAAGAUCUGAUCGUUUUCAAAAAGACUCUAAAAAAUAUUUUGAUUCUCCAGAUUUAGAACGGAGCCAACAUAGCAGGCAGAAUUUUGUACCAGACAAAACUUAAUAUUGUUCUAUUUAAAAAGGAUAUAAGUAAGUUCGAAAUUUAAGUGUUGGUUUAGACCGCUUAGAAAUAGGAAAUAUUGUGAAAUAAUUAUUUAAGAAACAGGGUCUGAAAAAAUAGAGCGUUUAUAAUUUAAAUAAAUAACGUUGUAAUUUAAGUUAUUUUUUGUGUAAAUAGAAGUUAGACUUCAUUCGUGUUUAGUCACUUAAUUGUUUAUAACACAUCCUUUGAGAUUCUCAUGCCAUAAGCUAAGCUAAGAGAAGGCAGUUAUUUUUCGCUAGUCCAAUGCAAAAGAUAAAUACGGUUUGGUUUGUUUCAGUUUGUUUGUAUAUUAAUUUUUUACCUUAGACCUUAGAAAACUUAAUAAAUUUUAUAAAGCAAUAAUA